UCCGUAAGAAGAGAAACAAGUUGAUGCCGGCACGAGUCGUCAUCCAUCAUCCACCCUCAUCAACGCCCUAGCGAAGGAGACGAGAAGCGCCGGGGUGACGCCAAGCAACAAGUCAUUGGCAGCGCAGUGACGCGGGGCGCUUUUAGACGCAUUUGUGCUAGCGACCCGUUAGAACAUAGAAGACCAUGGACUCUAUGGAAUCGUGGGGUAAAAUUUGGAACUUGCACCGCGACCGACCAGAAGUUCACCAGAAAGUGCAAGCUGCCUGUGCUACAAUUGUACGGAAUAGGCAUCAUGGAGAUGUCAAUCAUAAGAAACUGAUGGAAGCUAAUUUGAUUGUAUUAGAAUACUGCGGAGAUUUCAAUUGCCAGUCACAUUUGUUGAAAAUGAUAAUCUCCGAUGAAAGAGUCCAACUCUAUAAUGACUGGUUUGCUGCAGCAUGGUUUAUGGGAAGGCCAAAAACAUUCUAUGCUUUUAUGAAUCUGCUUGCCUCCGAGAUAUCUGUUAGCGAUUUUUUAAAUAUCUACAAUGAUGAGCUAGAAUUCCAGUUCUUAUACUCUGCACAGUGUGUUUUAGUGAGGUGGCAGGAUGAGUCACAGGCACAUGCCGGACAUGUGGGGCUACACUUGAACUGUGGAACCAAAACAAUCAGCUUAUCAGGUCUGCAGGCAGUUCCUACCGAAUUUUCUGCUGAGGGUCUCUUUGUUUUGAGAUCUACUGAAAUUAAGAAAGUUCAAGUAUUGAACGUGGACGAUCCUCAUGGGUUUGGAAAAUUGCAAGGAAUCAGAAUUGAAACAACCAAAGGACAACUUUUUGUUCAUACUGAUCCUCACAUUGUUGAUUGGACAAUGUUCUGUAAUUUUGUAAACUUUAUUUCCAAGGUCACAGUUGAAUUUGAGCGUUAUCCAAAAGAAGGCUCAAAUGUAACAGACCUCAAUGGAAAUGAGCUCCAAUCCAAGCGCACAUCACAUGAUUUUGGACAAAGCUUCAACUUCUGUGCCAAUGAAGAUGCUGUUCUACUGCAACCUGUGGUCCAAAAUUCUGUGUUUCAGGUUUCUAGCUCUCAAGAUGCUCUCAAAACAUUGGCCAUUAAUUCUGACAGUAAUGACAUUGAAAUAUGUCACCAUUACAAGCGAGUAUCAAAUGAAUCCUGUAACGAUUCGGAUACUGCUGAUGAAAGUCAUGACCAGAUCAGUGUACCAGUAAACAAGUUCCUUAAGAACGAAUGUGAAGGGGAGAAAAAAGCAGAGGUGAAUUGCUCUUUAGAAGAUACUGACAAUGGCAAAGAGUCACACCAGCAUGAUAACUCAAAUGUAGCCAAUUCUCAAGAGGACAAUAAUUUAUUGCAACUACUUGCUGCAAAACCAAAGAUGCCACAUUAUGCUGAUCUUGAUGCCGGAAAUACACCUAACACUGAAGAGGAUACUUCAUCACAACUGGUUGCUGUUGAAGACAAUGAUGCCCAUGUCGCUACAAUGGUGUAUCCCAAAACAAAAUCAAAGAGAGGGCGACGUAAAACUUUGAAUACAACUGGAAAACCUCGGCUGGCCUCACCUGUUAGUUCUAAGGUAAGAGGGGAAGCUCAAGAAGAGUCUGAUAAAAGUGAUAGUGAACUCAUGGGAACUCCAAGACGCAUUACAAGGCGUUAUACACAACAUAUUAAGGAUGCCAUGGGAGGCGAUGCAGACUCCGAGUUCAAGACUCCGAUUGAGCCUCCCAAAUCAUUUAGUCGCAAGAGAGCCCCAAAUAGAAAGAGAAAGUCAGAUGAUGAUACAAGCUUCACCACUGAAGUUGAAACAAGUCCAACAAGUGCCAUUCUACCCAGCCAACCUGGAGCCGAAGACACAACUGACACUUCACCGUUCAAGUCAGCAAGACCAAGUUCAGGAGAUGAAUCUGGCACUUUUUCUGCUGUGGACGAAAUCAUGGAAAGUACAUUGCCUCCCAAAGUCCCUGAUAGUAUGCCAACUCUUGAAACACCCAUUGCGACACCUGUUAGGGAUCCUGAAGACUCAUUGAUUCAAUCCGACUUUAACAACAUUCAUGAGAAAUUGAAUGAGGAAUUGAAGUCUGAUGCCCUAAAAGAAGAGACCACGUACAUGCCUGAUCCACUGCCUAUCUUUCCAUCGAAUAUGCCGCCCACUGCCGCACCUGCUAUUCCUGCGUACUUGCUGCAGGGUCCCCCAACUGCCAUUCCAUUGCAUGCAAACCCACCUCUACGGUCAUCAGGUUUUCGCAAUUACAACAUGUGCCUUCCUCCUAAACAGAGAAGGUAUGAUGAUGAUGAUGAUUUGAAGUCUGAAAACGGAGAUAUUUGGGAAAUGAAUGCAAUGGAUUCUUCAUCUGAUACUUCAUACUUAGAAAAUGCUGGCUCAGCAGUAUUGUUGCCUGCUGAUGAUAACGGAUUCUCUUCUACCCCUGAUGCCUUGAAAACAACUGCUCCUAUUGGAGAGAUGAACAACCUACAGCAGUUCUCAGAAAUAUGCAGUAAUGUUGAGAAUACUGAUGAGCAUCAAUAAUAUGCCUUUUAAACCCAAUCUUACUAUUUUUUUUUGUUCUUUGUCAUUUCCCUACAUUACAAAUGUUUGUUUUACCAAUUUUAUUGCUAUUUACCUGUAGUUCAUAAUGUUUGAUAAGUUCAGUGCAAAAUAAUUACUGAAUAAUAAAUUGUUUUUUAUUUUA